CAGGCGCGUCGUGCUACAUACAGCCGCAUGAGUUUACUGCGAUCCAGUCGAGAAUAAUGCGUUGCUUCGCGAUGACCCAGUUUUUCGACCAGCCGCGUGAGCAGUCAAGCGUUGCUGUUACGUUUUGGUGCUGUCGCUGGUGCAGAUGGAGCAGAAAUGUGAUGCGCAUGCGCGUUUGGAUGUUAAUCUCUAGCUUACGCUCGAUAACCGACAGCGCAGCAUUCAUUACAAGAAAAGCUAUGUUGUUUUUGAUAUCUCUUUUCAUCGCUAUUGCUAGUCGUAAUGCAUUAAGCAGAGAGCCUAACUCGAAGUCCACCUCGAGUUCUUUGAAGCCAUAUCCUUCAACUGCAAGACUGUAAAACUAUCGACAUUGUAGGCCAAAAUAAAUUCCGCAAUUAGUUUUGGUUUUUUGAACGAAGAUGUAGUGAGAAAUCUCAUCUCAAACCAACAGUCACUUGAUGACAGUUAUA